UUAGACUGUAUAUACGACCAGAGAGAGGGUCUCUUCAACUCAGUACAACCCUUUCUACAUAUGUUUCCCUUUCUUUCUGUGACUUUCUCAUGCAUGGCGAUUUCGGAUCGAAUUCGAAGCUAAGGCACGUAAUCACCUCCAAUCGAUACGCAGCACUCGCAGAGAAGAUGUGAUUUCAGGGACAUUUUUGAGGGUUUGAAUCAUCCAAUUUUUUUCACUUGCUGUGUAUAAUCGAAUUUCUAGGGUUUGCUUUCCAAGUCAAGUUCACGCAUGAAGGGCCCUCUAGAUCGAACGAAGAUUGUAGUCCGGCACUUGCCGCCGACGAUGUCGCAGUCGGCGCUCAUGGAGCAAAUUGAUGCCCGCUUUGCCGGACGCUACGACUGGCUUUCUUUCCGCCCCGGCAAGAACAGCCAGAAGCAUCCAUCCUAUGCUAGGGCCUACAUUGACUUCAAGAAGCCAGAGGACGUUAUUGAGUUUGCUGAGUUCUUUGAUGGGCAUGUUUUUGUCAAUGAGAAGGGUACUCAAUUCAAAACUAUUGUUGAGUAUGCUCCUUUGCAACGUGUUCCAAAGCAGUGGUCUAAAAAAGAUGGGCGUGAAGGGUCCAUAUUUAAAGAUCCGGAGUAUUUGGAGUUCCUUGAAGUUCUUGCGAAACCUGUUGAGAAUCUUCCCAGUGCAGAGAUACAAUUGGAGAGAAGGGAAGCGGAACGUGCUGGUGCCGCAAAGGAUGCUCCUAUAGUCACACCGCUGAUGGAUUUUGUUCGUCAGAAAAGAGCUGCCAAGGGUGGAACUCGGAGGUCGUUGUCUAAUGGGAAACCGACCAGAAAAGCCCAUGGAGCAUCUUCUGCAAGUCCUAGUUCAGCUCCAUCAAGACGAGGUUCUGACAAGAGAAGGAUUUCUACUACCAUGUAUGUUUUAAGGGAUACUGCAAAGAGUACAAGUGCCAAAGACAAAUCAACAUACAUUUUGGUUCCAAAACAAGAUGAUCGGCAGCUUUCUGACAAGUCUGUUGCUAUUGCUGCUGCAUCUGGUGCUGAAGUCUCAGAAGAGGAAAGUGGAAUUUCUGGAAGCACUGAUACUGGGAAGAAAAAGGUCCUGCUUUUGAAGGGGAAAGAGAAAGAAAUUCCUUAUGUGUCAGGUGGCAUGUCAUUGCAGCAGAGUGCAUCAUCUGUUAAAAAUUCACUUGGUUCAAGUGGUUUCAAACAGAAUCAGCGACGUGAACCCAGUGGAAGGAUAAUUAGAAGCAUACUUCUAAACAAGGAUGCACGUCAAAGUCAAUCAUCAUCUGUAGUCCGUUCUGAACAGAAAAUUCAGGCCUCAAAUCUCGAAAAGGACAAAAGACCUCCUCGACCUCAAAAUGUCCAGCAUUUCUUCAAGGAUACGAAUGGAUCACUGGAAGAUAAUGUCGUUGGGAAUGGUUUGCAUGGUGUUUCCAGUGAGAAGCAGGAGAAACGUACAAGGAACAAGGAUAGGCCUGAUCGUGGUGUUUGGACUCCUCUUCGCCGUUCAGAUGGAUCACAUGCUAGUGAUGAAUCUUUAUCAUCUUCAGCUUCUCAAUCGACACAGUUACAGCCAUAUUCUGCUGAAGGAAGUCAUGGAGAAGUGAAAUUUGACUUGUCAAAUGCAAGGAGUGGGGAAUUUAAAACUGUUGGAACUGGACGUAGCGGUUUUCACUCACUAGAUAAUGGUUCACAUAAACAUGGUGGCCGCCGGGGGCUAGCACAUAAUGUGAAGGAUUUAGAUGGCUCUUCUAUCGUAAGUGAAGGGAAGCUAUUGAAGAAAGGAGGUUCUUCUGGCUAUGGUUCCCAUGAGAAACAAGUGUGGGUUCAGAAGCCAAGUGCUGGUUCUUAAUGUUGUUUUAACUGUGAAAUUGUUGGUCUUCGACCAUAUUGGCGUAUACAUGUAUGUGCUAGUGGCUGGAGGCUCUUUGCUAGAUGGAUGAUCAGGUGUUUGCAAAUUUAAGGAAUUGGAAGACCUUGGAGGAACUCCAGGUACCCUGAAUGAUGCAGAUAAUUCAUUUAUUUACCGUUCAAUGCGGUGAAUGGAUAUCGAUCUUAUUUAGUUGAAGAUGGCCAAAAAAAGAGGAAUGUAGAGGAAAAGAGAUGGCGACAUGUGCAAGAUAUAAAGCGUAUAUAACACCUUAAUUUUCAUAAGGCUGUUCAUUUAAUGGGCUUCCUCUGUUCACAGAUGGAGAGUCCUUGUUCUUGCCAUUGACUCAACUGGGUAUCGGGAUAUCAGCUUAUAGGUGGAUUUUGUGUUUUUGUUAGAACUGUAAAUAUAAAUCUGGAAUUAGAUGUGUACUGCCUCCGUUACUCUCCACAUAUGCUUUUGUUGAGCGGUAGGUAUGUCAUAUGCCGUUAGUGAGCUCUUGUUUAUAGCCCCGCGGUAUAUAGGCUUUCUUUGUAAUUGGCAAUCGGGUUUGCGUGAAAGUAGAAAGUUGGGGGCCUGCCUUCGGCUCAGCAGGUAUGUUUUUAGGCUUUUGACAUAUACAAACUGGAGUGACAGUAAAAUAGGUGAGGAAAUUGGAGUGGGGUGUUGGUAGAAAACUGAUGAUGUUUGUUUUGGUGUGUUGUGGCAGACGAGGCUGAAAUGGGAAUAUGCAUUGAUUUGUGCUAUGUUAAUUGUUUCUAAUCGACACUAGCUAAUAUUUUCAGCCAAGAUCUGUGUUUUAUUUUUUCUCAAUUAUUUGUCAUUGAUAUCUUGGAAACCCAACUUCGCCCAAGAAUAUUGAGAAACUGUUUCUUUGA